AUGACGGCCGCCGCGGACAUCCACCAGCAGUCCGACCUCAUCCAGAACCUCCUGCGCGACGCCCAGAAAACCAGCGAGAACAUCAACAAGGACAUCGAGACCCUCAAGCGGAGCCUGUUCAAGGCGAACCAAGAGCUCCACGUCGCGCGGGAGCGGCAGAACCACACCCUCGCCGAGAUCUCCGGCGCGCAGGUGCAGGGCAAGAAUCUGAACUACCGCAUGAACCAGCUCGACAACGAGGCCUUCUCCCAGCAGACGAUCCUGUACGGCAUCGAGUUCAACGUCCAGCAGAUGGAGAAGAAGGUCCAGCGAGUCAAGGGCGAGCACACCGACGAGGAGCGCCGCGAGCUCGAGGGGAAGAUCCAGCUGCUGCAGUCCACGCUGGACGAGCUGGACCAGCAGCACCGCGUCCUCGACGUGCAGGUGAAGCGCGUCCGCGAGGAGCUCCGGCAGUCCAACCUGGCGGCCGACAAACUCACCAAAACCAAAACGCAGCUCCGCGAGCGGGUCACCCGGUUCGAGCUGGAGUGCGGGCACUGCGAGCAGGAGGCGCGGGCGCUCGAGCGGGCCCUGGAGGACGGCCUGAUCAACUUCGACACCAUCCACCUGCAGCUCAAGCGCGCCAAGCGCGCGCUCGGGCGCCGCGCCGAGGCCCUCUUCGACGUCCAGGAGAAGAAGCACCAGCUCGAGGCGGACAUCGCGGAGAGCCUGGCGACGAUCGCCGCGCACCACGACGGCCUCCGCAUGGCCCACAAAAUCGCCGAGGAGGAGCGCCGCCGCCUGGCGGCGGACCACCAAACCCGCGCGAAGGCCCUCGCCGCCCUGCGCCAUCGCCACGCGGUGGCCGUCGGGCACAUCGACCCCGCCCACGCCCGGCUCACGCAGGCCCAGCUCGUCCUCGACGCCGCGAAGGAGCGCGAGGGCCUGCAGCAGCGCGGCGACGGCCUCGACGCCCGGGUCCGCCGCACCGAGAAGGAGCUCCUCAAGCUCGAAAAGGCCAUCGCCGUCCUCAAAGGCAGCAACGCCGACUACAAACACAAACUCGAUGUCGUCAAGGACGGCGACGACGAGCUCCGCACGAAAACAACGCUGAUGGCGAAGCUGCGCGAGCUGAAGUCGCUCAUGAGCGGCCGCCUGCUCCGCGCGAACGACUACCAGGCCACGCUGGAGGUCAAACAAAGCGACCUCCAGCGCCUCGCGGUCGACCUGGCGAAGACCCGCCACGCCGUGGAGGAGCUCCGCCAGGACUGCGAUCGCGCCGCCGCGGCGGUUUUAAACGCCCGGGAGGAGGUCAUCCGCUGCGAGCAGGCCAUCGCCAAGGCCAAAAACGUCGUCGACCCGGUCGUGAUUCGCAAUAUCGAGCUCGCGGAAACAAGCGAGCGGCUCGGCCACGCGGUGCGGUAUUUAAUGCACUGCUCCCGCGGCGCAGGGAAGGAGGUCUACGCCGCCGUCCGCCAGAUGAUCCUCGAUUUCCACAUCCCCCUCGACUCCGCCAGCGUGGAGGCCUGA